AUGCGCUUGGGGCACUAUGGCUACUAUCCGCACUAUUGGGAUUUGGAUUUCUGGAAAGCACGCAUAUGGCUAAAGUUGAAUAUUUCUCAGGGUCUCCUGUAUGCCAUAGCACUUGGAACCUCCAAGGCGUCCAUCAUAUUCCUUUACCAGCGCAUCUUCGACACGACUAAAACGCUUAGAUGGGUCUUCUGGGGGACGCAUGUCUUCAACAUAUUGUUGGCGUUGUCGUACUUCUUUGCCUCCAUCUUUGUCUGGAGGCCUUUUAAGUGCCACUUCAUGGUAGACAUCGAGGAGGGCUGUGUCUCGAACGACGUGUGGGAUGGUUCCGGUGCUAACGCAGCUGUCAAUGCCGCGUUGGACAUCUGGCUGAUCAUUAUCCCUGCGUUUGCGAUAUGGAGGCUGCAGAUGAAGGUCUCACAGAAACUGAGUCUUAUUGCGGUAUUCGCUACUGGAUUCCUGUAA